AUGUUAAGAACUAUUAUUAGACAAGCUCAUACCGGUGUAGCUGUUACCGCUACAGGCAAGGUUGAUAUGUUACCAGGUGUUUCUGGAACUUAUGCCUAUUCGUUAUUCCAAGUUGCUUUAAAAGAAAAAUGUUUGCCAGAAGUUGUCUCUCGAUUAGAUGAAAUCUCUUCCAUCGUUAAAGAAACUCCAGGUGUUGCUGCUGCUUUACAUAACCCAUCUCUAUCCUCAGAACAAAGAGAGAAGUUAGUUAGUACUUUGAAUGAAAGUGUUAAACAAAACAACAAUGUUUAUGUGUCCAACUUCUUGCAAGCAUUAGCACAAAAUAAUAGACUAUCUUUUAUUCCACAAAUUAAUACAGACCUAAAUAAAUUAUUUGAUCAAUAUAGGGGUGUUGUCUCUGUUACGUUAACCACUGCUAAACCUUGGAACUCUGAAUCGCAAAAAACAAAGACAGGUGAAAGGUUAGCUCAAGCAAUCAAGAAUUCUUCUUUACUUUCUAAAAAUCAAACUAUUAAGUUAGAUUAUAAAGUGAACCCAGAAUUGCUCGGUGGCCUUCUUUUAGAAGUUGGUGAUAAAACUAUUGAUCUCUCUGUGAAGUCCAAAGUUCAAGACUUAAAUAAUUUAUUGAAAGCAGACUUGUAA